AUGUCGAAAGCAGCCGAGGCGUCCAAAGACAAGGUCAGUCAUUCCCAUCUCGACGACAUCGUCCAUCAGCUCUGGUUCUGACAAGCCUGUCCUCCUCCCAGGGCAACCUCGCUUUCCGACAAGCCAACUAUCCCCUCGCCCUCGCGCACUACACCACCUCGAUCCAGCUGGACCGCUCUUCGUACCUCUACCCUUUGAAUCGAUCACUCGUGCACCUCAAGCUGAGCGAAUGGAGACACGCUGAGAAGGAUGCUACGGUCGCUUUGGAAUUGGAUCCGGUCGAGGCGAGCAAGAAGGCGUACUACAGGAGGGCUUUGGCGAGGAAAGGGAUGGCAAAGUACAGGUUGGCUAUCAAAGGUAUGUUCAGGCGAGACGGGGCGGCCAUGUCAUCGCUACGAGGGCUAUGGCGAUCGGUAGAGCAGCGCUGACUUGUCCAGGCUGCGAUCGGCUCACCCCACUUAUGGAUGGAGGACAGACCUCGAGCAAGCCAGGGAGGCGGGAGCAGAGCCAAACGACAUCGACCAAGAGCUCAACGACAUCAAACAGCUACUCCAAGACAGUGGUGCUCAAACGACGCAACAUGAAUUGCCCUUACCCCCACCGCCGAUCCCAAACAAGCUGUCUGCCACGCCGUCCGUGAGUCGCUUACUCCUGCCACUUAGACCGUCGGAAUUGCGCAAUCUGAUGGUCGGGCCGGGGACGCUCACAGGAGCUCCCGAAGACACCUUCUUCGACAUCGUCGGUAGAAGAACCUACGUUUGAAACCCCACCGUCCCCACCGCCCGCUCAACCGUUCGGAUCGAGCAAAUCCGCUGCUCCUUCCAAAGAUCGACUCAAAGCAGCCCUCGCACCCCGACCUCCGUCUUCAACGAAGAAGGAGAAAGAGAGUGUCCCUACUCUCAGCUCCGAGACCAAGACGACGAAGUCGAAACCCACGGGGGAUCUAAUGACAGCCGUUUCGACGAGAUCCUUGACGCGACCGCAUGCAGGCGCGGCCACUGGUGGAUCGGACAAAACGACCCCGUCUUCGUUCGCUGCAAAGAAGCAACAACGCACAAGUCGCUUCGCUUCUUCGGCACCUGUCAAGGCUUCGUCCAAGACGGCACCCAAUACGGUUCCUCCCCCACCACCGGCACCUCCCGCAGCAACAGAAGCAGUAGCGCCGACUCCACCGCCGGUCGAGUCGCUUCCCAAACCACCUACGAGCACGUCUGCCAUUCCUCUAGUCCCACAUUGGACACCCACACCACCUUCCAAACCCCUCCAACUCGCAAGUCCGCAACCCCUCCCUCACGUCCCUUCCUCUAAACCCCCGCUAUCCUCAUCUACCUUCGAACAAACACUCUCUUCCCCGUCUCUAACCCCUUCAGACCGCCUCACCUACCUCCGUUCGAUCCCUCCCUCCACAUUUCCAACCCUCCUAAAAGGGGGUGCUCUCACACCCGAUCUUUUGACCCUCAUCAUCCAAGCCCUUGCAUCCUCCUCCGAUGCCGAAACGAACAUCGAACCCGACGUCGAUGACUGGUUACUCAACUUCGUGCAUCAUCUCGCCAAAGUCGAUAGGUUCGAUAUGAAUGUCAUGUUCUUGGAGGAGGCGGAGAGGGAGCUAGUGAGGGGGGUCUUUGAUAGGGCCGAGAGGGGAUUGAGAAUCAGUAAGGGGAGAUGGGGGCUUUGA